GGCAGGUCUCCUCAUGCACCCAGCUCUUCUCAUUGGAUUUGGGAUUCCCUAGCCGUCCUAACCUGGCAUCUCCUGUUCCAGUGCGCUGUUCCCAGGCUCCUGACACCGGAGGCAGACGCAUCUUUGGUCUGGGUCUGUUCCAGCUGGACGCCCCAGCCAUGGGAAGAGCCCUGCUGCCACAGCAGGACACCAGAGAAGGGGAGCCCCUGGCUCAGGGGCUCCCCUGGAGAGCAGGGGAUCCUGCCCCCCCUGCAGCAAUGCUGAGGGUCCUGAUCCUCACCCUGCUCUGGAGGGGGUCCCUGUCCCAGCUGCCCAGACUUACCCUGACGGUGCCACAGUCGGUGUCGGUGCAGGAGGGUCUCUGCGUUCUCAUUCCCUGCACCUUCACAUACCCAGCCUCCUCUGACAUCUACAAUUCCUGGGCCCGGCUCUACAAAUACUGGUACAAGGAUCCAGCUGCUGUGGGCCAUGAUUCGCCCGUGGCCAGCAGUGACUCCAGCCGGGGGGUGUCGCAGGAGACCCAGGGCCGGUUCCAGCUGGCGAAGAAGCCAGCGCACGGAGACUGCUCCUUGCAAAUCAGCGAUGCCCGACGGACGGAUGCGGGGAAAUAUUUCUUUAGAUUCGAGAAAGGAUCAUUGAAAUACAAUUACCUCUCCAAUUCCUAUGGCACUGAUGCAAAGCUCGCGAUCUCGGUGCCAGGGCUGACGGAGGAGCCAGAGAUCCAGAUCUCGCCGGCGCAUGGGCUGCCAGGGACUCUGCUGGCCGGGGAGCCGGUGACUGUGACCUGCACGGCCCCUGGGCGCUGCUCCGGGCCCCCUCCCCGAGUCACCUGGAUGGGGCCGUUCAGCGACACAGCCAGGGACGUCUCAACCCGGCUGGCAAAUGGCUCCUGGGCCCACAGCUCUGCACUCAGCUUCACGCCCGGCCCGGGGGACCAUGGCAAAGAGCUCGUCUGCACCGUCACCUACAGGCCACCAAAGGGACCUUCCACCCGCAGAACCGUCCAGCUCCACGUCGUCUACCCGCCCAGACCCCCCAACAUCACUGGGACCCUGACCAGGAACGGACGCCCCGGGCCUGCCCCAUUGGGAGCUGAGGGCGACGUCGUGUCUUUGGAGACUCAGGAGGAUGACUCCCUAAGUCUGCGCUGUGAGGCUGGGAGCAGACUUGAGGCCACUCUGAGCUGGGCCAGGAUGAACAGGUCCCUGAGCCCUGGCCAGGGAGGGGCCGGGCGCCUGGAGCUGCCAAAUCUCAGGAUAGGGGAUGCUGGGGAGUAUCGGUGCUGGGCAAAGAAUUCCUAUGGGUCGGCCAGCCGGGCCCUGUGUGUGCAUGUGCAGACUCUGGAGACGACUCUGCAAAUCACCGUCUCCAGAGCUAACAGGAGUGACCCCCAGUUAUUCCAAGACCCCAGCACCCUGGUGGCAAACGGGUCACAGCUCUCAGCCUGGGAGGGUGACUCCCUGCGGUUCCUCUGCUCCGUCGCCAGCAGCCCCCCCGCUGUACUGGGCUGGGUGAGGGGGGGCCGAGCCAUCGAGGGCACUCACCCCGUGGGGGAGAAUCAGCUGCAGCUGGAUCUGCCCAACGUGACGGCCGAGGACAGGGGGCUGUACAGGUGCUGGGCCCAGAGAAAGGAGAGCUCUGCCCAGGGGACAUUCCAGCUGCAGGUUGAGUACAGCCCCCGGCCGGGGACCAGGCUGAACUCAUCCUGCCAGCACCAGGGGCCCAGUAUCAGCUGCAACUGCUCCCUGCGCUCCCACCCCCCACCCCAGCUCCAGUGGCAGGUGGACGGGGUGUCUCUGGCUGGGAAUGGCUCAUGGGGGGCCCUGCAGGUCAGCUCGUGGGCCCAGGGGGACGAGGUCGUCAGCACCCUGAGCUGGAUGGGAAGUGAGGACAGGGGCCCCCAGAUCUUCUGCCUUGGCUCCAACUGCCACGGGAGCUACGCCGCCCUGCACUUUGACUUCAGCCUCCCGCAGAGAGGUGCGGAGGAGCCUGGCAAGCUGCUGGGCGUGGGGGUGGCCUGUGGGCUGGGGGUCGCCACUGGCUUCUUCCUUCUGGGGCUCUGCGUGAUCAAGCUGUGGGGCCAGGAUCUGGCACCCCCUACUGCUGAGGCAGGGGAAAUGGCUAACAGGAGCCAGGACAAGCACACAGUGGAUGAUACCAGCCUGAUCUACAUUAACGUCACCACCAUCCCCAUGGAUCACAAGACGCCAGCCGCCCACCGGACCAAAGGUGUCCAGGACGGGGCUACAGCAGCACAGGCCCCGCUGGGCCCGGGGAAGCCGGAUGAGCUGCAUUACGCCUCCAUCAACUUCUCCAAGCUGCAGUGCAAAGCGGGGGAGCCUCCGGAGGCCCCGGACACGGAAUAUUCCGAGGUCCGGCUGAAAUAGCCCCCUCAUGCCAUGGGCCCAGGCUGAGUGUAUCUGGCCUGUCCAGUGCAGAGCCGAUCAUAGUGAGGAAGGAAGAGGGAAGGGGUCGUCCCAGGGCUGGACCCGUGACGUAGGAGACCUAGGCGCAAAUCCCUGCUCAGGCCUGGACUCUGGGCAGAGUCAAGUAGGCCUUGGAGAUGCUGGAGCGCUGCAUUGAGGGGAGGUAUCCCAGAGUCCCCUGCAGCCGGGUCUCAAAGCCUGCACCCUCCUAAACCCUACUGCCCCCGGGGGAAAGAACCUCU